AUGGCCGACGAAGACGAGGACAUUUCGCACCUGCGCGUGCCCGACGCUGCUGACUUUGACCCCACCGAAGAGGCGCAGGAUUUUCGGUUCCUCGACAAACUCACCGCACAGGAUAGCGCACAUCCUACGCUACCCAAGCGCGGCGAGAAAGACUUUGAAAGCCAUGAGACGAACCUACAGCUCGACACGCUCGAGGCCUCGCGCCGGGCCAUGCAUGGCGUCCUCUCGUGGCAACGCACCCACACGCAAAAGGGCCAUAUCCUAGCCAUGUAUGACCCCGAGCGCAACAUGGCAUGCGUCGACAAAGUCCGAUCUCAGCACUUCCAGACCAUAGGCACCAACAAAGGCGGGAGGGAGUGGCUCCUGCCUGAGGAGGCUCUAUUCUUGCUCGAGAGAGGCACACUGGACUGUCGGUGGCCGGUGAAGCGCGAGGUAGGCGACGAGACAGUCUAUAGGACCGAGGAUGGUGCACCCAUGAGCCUACAGUCAGCGUAUGCGGCCUUUCUCGGCUUCGAGGGAGGCGUCGGCGGGAAGUUGACACUGGAGAUGUACAACGUCUAUGCUGGAUUGAAGAGGUCAGGCUAUGUCGUCUUCAGGACGGGGACAUGGGAUGACGAUAGAGGGGAGGUAUUGCCUGCCCCGCCAGAGCUUAAGGAGCAACCUGAUUCUGGUCCUGGCAUCAUCGCACGCUUCUUCGCCGAUAUAUGGCGGCGUCUGAGCCAGCCAACUUAUACAAUCUCACCCGAGAACCUGGCUUUCGGCCCGCUCAUCAAACCUGGACUGUACAGGAGCUACAGCGAUAUCUACUGUCUCCUCAAGCUUAUCCCAAGCCACGACCGCGCAUGCCCACCCUCAUUUAUCCUUCCACCGUCCCUAGAUAACCCGUACCGCAUCCACUUUGACGUAUACCGCACAACAGCCAAGUUCCGCAAAUCUGCCCGUGCAAGUCUUACCCCCGACUUCCGCAUCUGUGUCGUUGAUGCUCGUACAAGCGCCAUUCCUACGAGCGCACAGCUGAAUGAUCUCAUGGCACAGGUACCAGAAGAUAGACCCAAAGACUCGGAUCAACCGUACCAAAGGCUCAAGCAUGGAUAUAGGAACGUUGUUUUAGCAGUUGUAGAUAACGGUAUGCCAAGCUACCUCAGAGUCGCCGAUAGCCCAUUCGAUCAUGUCAAGAUAUAUGAGAGGACUGCGCCAAGAGGAAAGGGUGGUAGAGGGCGCGGAGGUGGUAGGGGAAGAGGUGGUGGAAGGGGCAGGGGACGUGGAAGAUGA